AUCAGAUGUCUGCCUUUUUGUGUGAAAUGCAUCUGUGGUCUUUGAAGAGCACCUUACGUGUUGAAGACCAAGACAUUGGGAUCUAUCAUUAUUAUGACCGGAAAGAACCAGAAUCACAAACAAACCUGGGCUACUUACACGAGAAGCAACAGUUAGCACAAUCUCGAGAUUAUCCAUGGGUGCUUAAGAAUAAGCGUCCGGAAAAGCUGCACGACAUGCUUAAGGAGCUAGAGGAACUGAUGCGAACCGGGCAGUGCGUGCUGAGCAAAUGGAAGAACAAAUACGUCUGUCAGCUCCUCUUUCAUUCAGGUGUGCUGGUGUCCCUAAGCCUUUCUGGGCCGCAGCUGGAACGGGCAGUGAUUGACAGAACCCUGGUGGGAAAGCUCAUCUCGGACACCAUCAGCGACGCUGUUCUUACUGACAGUUUCAUGAUCUUGUCGUUCUGGGAGCAAACCAAGCUCUGUUGCAUUCACUUCACAAAGAAGGCCAGUUCUCCUGAUGUGAACAAAAGGCUUGAAAAACUCUCGUCCUUGGAUUUUAAGAUUCUGAGUUACGUCCGUACGGAUGGAGAUCCACUCGACGCCAGUUUUAGCCUUAGCCAGCCUUAUCAGGUCCACACCGUCGAACAGUCGCUCAGUACCGACCAAGACUCCAGGGCUGACAGCUGCGUCUACGAAUAUGUUAGGAACAAAGUCCAGUGUGUGGCAGUCACCAAAAUACCACUCAGGUCAAAGGCCAUCAGCUGUUGCAGAAGCCACACCGAAGACAAAGUUGUCCUGGGGUGUGAAGAUUCCUCGGUUGUCCUGUACGAACCCUACCGCCAAGUCACUCUCACUGCGGAGGCGGCGGUGUUGCCUUCUUUAAUGUGCUGCCAUCCCGGUGGAGCCCUCGUCCUGGUGGGCAGUUCGCAAGGGGAGCUGCAGCUGUUUGACAUGGCGCUGUCCCCCAUUAAGAUGCAACUUUUGGCGGAAGACUUCUCCCCUAAAGCAACGUUGCAGUUCAGCAAACACUUUGAUUUAUCCAGCAGUCUCGUCCAGAUCCAGUGGGCUGCCCCUCAGGUUCCAUCUCAAAGCAUGGAUGGGACGAACGUCCACGAUCUCCUGUUCCUUCAGUUUGACAAAGGACCCAUUGGAGGGCUUCGUUUCAAAACUGGUGUUUUCCCUCGAGGGCAUCUUGGCCUUGUUGAAAUCAUCCAAGAGUAUAUUCAUCAAGACGAGAUGGAUGAAGCGAUUAAUAUCCUGAGCGGCAUGAACUGGAACACGAUGGGCCACCAGUGCUAUACGAGCCUCAGUGCCAUAGUAAACCAUCUUCUCAGGCAAAAGCUGACACCCGAGAGAGAAGCACAGCUGGAGGCGAGCCUUGGAACCUUUUAUGCGCCGACGAGGCCUCUCUCGAAGACAACGGUGUUGGGAUACAGGGAUCCCGUCAGCAGAUACGCAAGAAGGUUCUUCCACCAUCUGCUGAGAUAUCAGAGGUUUGAAAAGGCUUUCCUGCUUGCUGUUGAUAUGGGUGCCCGUGAUUUAUUUAUGGACAUCCAUUACUUUGCUCUAGAUAAGGGUGAAUGGGCGCUAGCUGAAGUGGCAAAGAAAAAAGCCAACGCCAUUGACACAGAAUCAAUAACUACUGGAGUCGAAAUUCUAGGACAUGAAGACCGAGAGGAUGCCUUAAGUGAAUCUUUUGCGGACCUGAAAGUACUACCCCAAGAGGAUCGGAAGUUUCAAGGCAGCCUCCCGGCCUCCAGUUCGAAUUCUCUUUGCUUCGCAUACGUGACACAGAACAGCUCUGCCAGAAAGGUGGACGACAAGGAAAGUGAGUUCCUAAUGAACAUGACACAGCUACACAAACCCACAUAUUGGUGUCCAGCAGCAACUAAUCAGCCUGAAGCGGCCAUAACUCGCUCGCUCUUGGCUGCCAGUUCUUUGCUCACGCAGCUAGAACAUAUGUUGCGUAUUGCAGCGAGAUGCCGUCUGACAGGCCCGGCCGGGGCAGGGCGCCUCUCGACGGUUCGAGCCGAGGGUGCCGCACGACGCUACCGAGCCGCGGAGCUAUUUUGCUGA